CUUUUUUUGGUUUUUUCUUCUUUUUCCCGUUUCCUUUUUCAUCUUCCUUCCUUUUGCUCCUGUAAAUCCUAACACCUGAAACCACCUUCGAAUUUCCUCACCAAAUCAAUUCAUCUUUCUUUCCCUUGACUUUCCUCACCCCUUUCUCUUCCAGAUCUGCUGGGUUCUUAAAGCUGCUGGGCUUCAUUUCUUUCUUUUUUUUUUGGUUAAAAAGAAGUGAGCGAUUGAUCGGAAUAGAAAGAGAAAGACAUUGGGCUCUUCACCACCGUUUUCUCACUAGAAAUUCUGGAAAUUUAGGGUUUCAAUCUCUGGUUAUACAAGUUUUCUUCGAAAUCUAGGGUUUUUGCAGUGACGGAAUUUGGGGGUUUGAUCUGGCAAGAACCAGAGGAAAGGGUUGAGAAGGGGGAGACAAAAAGAUGAGUUUGUAUUCGGUGCCGUCGAAUUCUCAUGGGAAUCUGGACGAGCAGAUUGAUCAGCUCAUGCAGUGCAAGCCCUUGUCUGAGCAAGAGGAGGGAUUUGUUGGUUCUGGUGCGGGUUUGUUGGGGAUCUGUGAUUUUGUGCGUUUAUUAGAAUUCGGGCAUUUUCUGAUUGAUCUUGAGGCGGAUUCCUUUGUUCUCUCUAGUGGGUUUCUUUCGAACCCAGCAAGAGAGAGAAAUUGGAAGGGAAAAUGUCCAAAUCUGGUGUUGAGGGAGGGAUAGAGAGAGAAAGAAAAUGAAAGGAUGAAAUUGCAGGUUUCAUUGUGGGGUGGGGUGGGGGGGUUAGAUUGUAGAAGGCAAGGCAAUGAAGGAGGAGGAGAAAGGGAAAGACGAAAAUAGAAUAUUUUUUUAGUU